AUGGGAACACUGCAGAAGCAGUCAGAAGAGGAUGGCAACCUCUACACCCUCUUCUUUACAAUUGCGAGCCCGUUUUCGAACUUCUACCCCUGCCGCUUCCCGGUGCGCCUUGCCUCGGGGCAUUCGCAUGAGUUCACAUGUGUCGAGCAGUACUACAUGUAUAUGAAGGCGCUGACCGCCGGGGACCAGCAAACGGCCUCGCGGAUCCUGAUCGAGCACAACCCGCGAAAUAUCAAAAAGAUGGGCAGCGAAAUCCAAGGACUCGACUCUUCUGUCUGGAAAAUACGAUCGCCGACCGUGAUGACACAAGCGUUGACUGCAAAAUACAAGGGCGACCAACAACUGCGAAGACUUUUGUUUCUAACAAUGGGCUCUUCAUUGGCCGAGGCUUCACCGUCAGAUACAAAUUGGGGAAUAGGCCUGGCCCUCGACAACGCCGACGCCUUCAAGCCGAGCCGUUGGCGCGGCAAAAACGGACUCGGCGUCAUCAUGACGAUGGUCCGGAAUGCGCUUUGGGAGGAUAGGGAAUUCAGCGAGGACCGCGAGUUCGCCGAAGAAGUCAUGCAAAAGCCGGACUUCUUCACAGACUAUUUCUCCGUUUCCGAUCCGCGCUAUAGUAACUGCGAUCGGCUCGAAACCAGCGCCCAGCGCCCCUUCCGGAACCCCUUGGGAACGUACACCGCUGUCGGAUCAGCGUAUCAAACUCCAGAGCUGUCUGCUGGCCGAGGCGGUAUCCUCGAGAAGGCAUUGUCGAAGACGGAGCGUCCGGAGAAGCGCCGACGGGAGCGGAGCCGCAGCCGAAGCCGAUCCCGGGAUCGCAAGUCAAAACGGCGCAGCAGCCGAGACCGAUCCUCGCACCGCUCAUCCAAGAGAAGGCACGACGAUGAUUCGCCGCAUCGGCGAUCGAAGAAGAGACGCGAGGCGAGCCCGCCUUCGAGGUCCUCAAAACGCGAACGAAUCGUCUACGACGAUAGUGAGGAGACGCCGAGGCGGAGGAAAGACCACGAUGAAGAGCCGAGACCUUCCUCGCGCUCGAGCAGAAGAAGGGAAGAAGGGAAGAGCUCUGCACGCGUUUCAAAACAUGAUCGCGAUAAUGUCAAUCCAACGACUUCUGCUAUAGUUGUGUUGCCGCCUGCACCAGAGACCCUUCCACCGCCCAAGCAUCAGCCGAUCGUUUUUGAUCUGCCGGAAGAGACGAAAUUGCUGCAAAAGAAACGACUCCAGGGGCUGUUCCGGCAAUCGAAACGGGAGCGCGGCAUUGAGACAAAAACGGAGCAACCAGAAGCCGUCGACGCUUCGGCCGCAAUGCUGGCGUAUAAUUACGAGCAAACUUACAUUCCGCUGCCGAACCCCAACGAUCCGCCACCUCCUCCACCACCGCCCGUCGCCAAUCCUGGCCACAAGCUUAAGAUAAGUCUCAAGGCGCUCAUUGCAAGUCAAGUUCAAGACAACCAAUCAAUCGGCAAGAAAAAGAAACGCACUUCCUUC